AUGUAUGGAAAAGUCACAAUUAACAUCAUCAGUGCCUACGCACCACAAGUCGGCUGUAGUAUUGAGGAGAAAGAGGAUUUUUGGGAAAAGAUGGGUGCACAAAUCACUGGGAUGGGUGAGGAAGAGAGAAUCAUCCUUGGGGGUGAUUUGAAUGGCCAUGUGGGAAGAAAUAGAAAUGUUAUUGAGAGAAUACAUGGGGGAUGGGGUGUGGGAGAGAGAAAUGAAGAAGGUGAAAAGGUGGUAGAUUUUGCAGUGGCUUUCGACAUGGCAAUCUUGAAUACUUUUUAUAAGAAACAGGAAAAUCAGAUGUGGACAUAUUGCAGUGGAGGAAGGAAAAGUCAGAUCGAUUUCUUAAUGUGUAGGAGAAAUAACUUGAAGGAAAUAAAGAAUUUUAAGGUUAUCAAUGGCGAGAGUGUUGCACUUCAACACAGGCUGAUCGUGAUAGACUUCGAGAUGAAAGAGGAAAGAAGGGGUAGACAACAACGAAUAUCAAGAAUUAAAUGGUGA